GUUAAAAGAGAACGGCAGUACUCGCUGAUCGCAAACCAGUAGUCAGGGUGUUUCAGUUUUCGUUUCCUCGAUAAAAUAUUUUACUUUGGACAGAAUGCGUGUCCUAGUUGUAUUUGGAGCUCUUUUGCUUUACUCGACUUUGGUCCUUGGAAAACCGAAAACCGUCCAAGAUGAAGGACCCUUGUGCGUGUGCACCUUGGAGUUUGCACCUGUGUGCGCCAGCAAUCAUAAGACGUACAACAAUAUAUGUCUCUUCAAGUGCGAGAGGGAUUACCUCAGAUCUAAAGGCGGCCCAGAAAUUGUACUUCUCCAUCGCGGCGAGUGCAAAGAUCUGAGAAGUGACUAGAAAUUGGAUACCGUUAUUUAUAACGGCGGUGGAAUUAUUUGCAAUAUGAAUAUGAAUGAAAGUGUUCACCGGAACUCUACUUGUUGUUAUACCCUGUGAUUACAAUUAUAUUCCGUCGGAAUAAAGUAUAUUACUAUGAGCAUAA